AUGAUGGGAUCUGACCAAUUCUUAGAAGGGGUGAAGCCAAUUUUGGGAACUGGCCUUAAUAUCUCUUCUUUUCAGAAGAUUCUCACUGAGAAUGGGCACGCGAGCACAGCAAUUGCGGCGGUUGAAGGUAGUCCUUCCAAGCAGCACCGCGCGCCAGUGGCCAAGAAACCCACGGCUCGAACCCCAUUGUAUCAUACAUCGCAGACACCCAGCGUCAUAAGCGAAUGUCGGAGCCAGUGUGAGAAAGAGCAAGGUGCGAAAACCGGCGAAGAGAACGCUCACGAUGGCCUGUUUCACCAAGUAUAUGAGUGGCUCCAGCAAGAGAAAGUGAAACAAAAGACCCGCCGGUCAAAGUUGAAAGGGACAGGCGAGGGUGUCGAAAGCGAUGGCGACGACGAUUACUACGAUGGUAUUCUCGAUAAGACCGCACCUUACGAUUCUGAAAAUGCAUUUGCUCUCGAUAGGCUCGAAAAGAUUCUCCUUCGGUACGCCGCUUCUCGCAUUGAGGGCUCCUCCUCGGUCUAUCCCCUACGGGGACCAACCCGGAAGCGUUCCCGCAUCAAGGGUCUGCGGAGAGGCUCUGCAUCCGAAUCCGAUCAGUAUGAUCUUGACUCGGCUGUUCCCGCUGUUGAUGCAGUACUGGACAAUUCCAAGACGCUCGCAUACACAGGCGGGACCGCCGAGGAGGACGAUCGACGAUCGAAGGAUAAGGAAGCUUGGUUGACAUUCAAGAAUGAGAUCGUUCGCCUUGCCAUUACGCUUCAACUCAAAGGUUGGCGAAAGUUUCCUCAGGAGCUUGCUGGCGAGAUUGAGGUAAUUAGAUUGAGUGGUGCCUUGACCAACGCUGUGUAUGUGGUCAACCCACCAAAAUCCCUCCCUCCGCCUAAGGGCGAGGAUGGAUCUUAUUCUCUUGUUCCCCGAAAGCCCCCGCCAAAGCUUCUAUUGCGUAUCUAUGGUCCGCAAGUGGAUCACUUGAUUGACAGAGAGAACGAGCUGCAGAUUCUUCGCCGCUUAGGCCGGAAGAACAUUGGGCCCAAGUUACUGGGAACGUUCAACAACGGUCGAUUCGAGGAGUUUUUCGAAGCGCGUCCACUUACGCCCAAGGACUUGCGUGUUCCGGAGACCAUGAAGCAGAUUGCGAAACGUAUGCGCGAGCUGCACGAAGGGAUCGAACUGCUUGAAGAGGAGAGAGAAGGCGGCCCGGUGGUCUUCAAGAACUGGGACAAGUGGGUUGAUCGCUGCGAGCAAGUCAUUAACUGGCUCGACAUGGAAAUCCAGUCUGAGCACAACGAGGCCAAGGCAGCUUCGGAGCCCUGGCGCCGUCGCGGGUUUGUUUGUGGUGUUCCGUGGCCUAUCUUCAGAAAGGCCGUCGAAAAUUACCGGAAAUGGCUUGUAUCCAGCUGCGGAGGGAUCAAUGAGAUCAAGCGGCAGUUGGUUUUUGCCCACAAUGAUACUCAAUAUGGCAAUCUGCUUCGAAUGGAACCCGCCUCCGAAUCGCCGCUUCUUUUGCCUGAAAACAAGCACAAGCAACUGGUGGUAAUUGACUUUGAGUAUGCUUCGGCAAAUACCCCGGGGUUUGAGUUUGCGAACCAUUUUAGCGAAUGGUGUUAUAACUACCACGACCCUGAGAGAGCCUGGGCGUGCAACAACCGACACUAUCCAACACCCGAGCAGCAACGCAUGUUCAUCGCCUCGUACUUGACCCAUAGACCAGGAGUGCGGUCGGCCGCUUCUCCGUCCAUCACUCCCCUCAUGCGAGAAAACUCGGCGACCAUGACCUCAUUGGCGCCUCUGGACCUCGACUCGACCACCGAAGCAGACCUCCAGGGCCAGUUGGAGGCCGAGAAGUCGCAGGAAGAUAGCCUGGAGGCCGAGCUCCACUUCCUGAUGAAGCAGACGAGACUCUGGCGCGUGUUCAACUCUGCUCAGUGGGUCGCCUGGGGAAUUGUACAGGCCAAGGUACCCGGCAUGGAGGAGGGGAUUGCGGCGGUCGCAGCGGCGAAAGCGUCUAAUGGGAACGGUCACAGCAGUGAUUCAAACGGGUCAGCAGUCGCAGCUGCUGAGCCACCAGCGCAACCUCCAGUCGACGCGGACGUGGACGAGGCGGACGAGUUUGACUAUCUUGCCUACGCGCAGGAUCGGGCGAUGUUCUUCUGGGCGGAUCUCCUUGCGCUGAAUUUGGUCCGGGAGGAUGAGCUCCCGCCUCAGAUGGUCGAGCAUAUCAAGCCUCGCAUGAUCGAGUAUUAG